AUGCGUGAGAAGAUUGGCUGGGCAGCUUCGUCUCCGCGCAUAGCAAGCGCGCAGGCCAGGCUGAACGGCGACGAGGAGCUGCUGAGUAUGAUGGAACUCCUGCAGAAGGCUAACAUGAUGGGCAAUGGUACUCUUGACUCUCACAUUAUGGACGCUGGACAUGGCCUUGGUUUAGGACCACUUACAGGACCUGCUCACAUGGCCAUGGCGAAUGAAAAUGUGUUCGAGCGUAGCUUUAUGCCAAUCUCAGAGGAUCAGAGCGAAAGUCCCACGAACAUGGAGGGCCCUGAGACGCCAAGGCCGGCCCAGUCACGGGAGACAGAGGAGGUUGAGAAGCGUCGAGUCUCGCCCAUGGAACUGACUCCACAGAACUCACUGUCACAAGUCCCGAUCAAAUCCAGCGAGCAUGAUUCUUUGAGCCUGUCACGAAUGACUACAAACGACGACAUCCCUGGUUUAGCAUCACAAAGACCGCACAAGUCUUCACUGAAGCGAACAUAUACUGAUGUAGCAGGAUACUCUCUGCAGCAUCGACUCACCGAAGCACUUGCACAGCCAUAUCGCAGCAGCGGGAACAGCUCAGCAAUAACGCCUACACGAGCGCCGACGCUACCGGCUCAGGGUCAACCUCGCAGCUCGACCGUUAUUGAGCGUGCUCCUCAUGGCCAUCGCAAUGCUCAAGCUCAAGCGAUCUUCACGACUGAAGCUCAGUCGCCUUGGACAAUCACCGCUGCGAACGAUCUUGCGUGUCUAGUGUUUGGUGUAACUCGAGCUGAAGUGAGGAAGCUUGGUAUUAUGGAAGUCAUCAAACCCGAACGGCGCAAAUGGCUCGAGGACAAGCUUCGGAACCCUCAGAUUGUGCCAGCACAGCAAAGACCGAAACCACAACCUGCUCAGAAGAGCACCAGUCCGAACAGUAGUCUUACUGGUAUGCGAAACGGCGUUACUGCGAAAUUGCUAGCGAAGCCCCCUGCUCGAGAAACAUACCAGAGCAGGAGAAGCAAGACCGAGAACGGUCUGCAGAUACCCCCGACAGGUAUCGGUCUGCAUCACAAUAACAACAAAAGUCGAGGUGUGCUGUUGUGCGGCGAUGUUGUUCCCAUCCAGAAGAUGAAUGGCUCGACGGGUAGUGCAUCUCUAUGGGUCAAGGAGAAAAGUGGCAACCUUAUUUGGGUACUGGAGGAGAUCGCCGAGGAUGUGGCAAUGAUUACCGUAGACGAAAUUGGCUCGAUAGUCCGUGGAGGGGGCGACGUAGAAGCCAUCUGGGGUAUGGAGCGAUUACGCGCUGGUAUGGAUGUGCAGAAGCUCAUUCCCACUUUUCCGAAGCUGGCAGGUACCAACACUGGAGCCCUUGACUAUGACGCCGUGGCUGAGCUACGACGCUUCACAGCACGGACAGCGAACUCGAUUGAUAUACCUGUGACUAUCGACCAAUUGUCCGGCCAGAGCACCUUCCGGGUCAGCAGCUUUCCACAUAUUGCUGGUAUUAUGGUACUUCAUCCGCAGACUAUGCGAGUCAGCAGUAGCAAUAAUGUGUUCUCUGCGGCACUCUUCGGCCAUGCGAGUCCGGAUGGUAUGCCCAUUACUGACCUUAUACCGAACUUCGACAAGAUCUUGAACGUCAUCACGGACGAAGACAAGAUCAAGCUACAAGAUGGUAUUGUGAUCCCCGAGCACUCUUUCCGACGUGCAAGAUCAGUAUUGGCACUCCGAGAAGGGUCGACUGACGCUGCCGCUAUCUUCCUGCGACCUAGCGGCUUGCCGGCAAGACAUCGUGAUGGCGCUGAGAUCAUGAUUGAUGUGCAGAUGCGUGUGGUCAAGUCUGACCGUGACCCGAUAUAUAACGAGCAUGUCAUCGAAGAAGAGGAAAGAUCAUCUUACGUGGGCAGCGAAGUGGUGUUCGCGCUAUGGAUUACUUACAGUCGUCAAAUGCAUGCUGUCAACCAUGGCAUCGGCCACGUCAUGCCGCUGAUGAGUCGACCUGGCACACCACCCCAACAACCUGCGCCUGACCAUGCAAAUGGACGCCACGUCAACGAGGCGAUGCCGAGCCCCAUGGUCUUAGCAGAGAACGGCGAAGACGAUGUGCGGACCAGCUUACUCACAGCUCAACUUGAAGAAGCGAAGGCGCAGGAAAGUGCUUCUGCAAACCCGAGCGACGGCGAGCCUUUCGAGCAUCCAGCUCCGGAUAUGGUCAAGGCUGGCUGCAAAGUGAUCAAGAAGAAAACGAUUGAUGAAUUCAACAUUCUCGAAGAAAUGGGGCAAGGUGCGUACGGUCAAGUAAAGCUGGCAAGGUACAAGAAAGCUGCAGCAAAGAAGAUGGUCAUCAAGUACGUCACAAAACGGCGUAUCUUGGUCGACACAUGGCAUCGUGACAGGCGACUAGGCACUGUACCACUCGAAAUUCACGUUCUGGACUACCUCCGACGGGAAGGAAUGCAACAUCCCAACAUCGUAGAAAUGAUCGACUUCUUCGAAGACGACACAAACUACUAUAUCGAGAUGCUGCCACAUGGCCUACCAGGCAUGGAUCUCUUCGACUACAUCGAACUUCGCGUGACGAUGGAAGAGCGAGAGUGCCGGAAGAUCUUCCGGCAGGUGGCUGAAGCUAUCAGCCAUCUGCACAUCAACGCCAAGGUCGUGCAUCGUGAUAUCAAGGAUGAAAAUGUCGUUCUCGAUGGUGAGGGUAGGGUCAAGUUGGUGGAUUUCGGGAGUGCGGCGUACAUCAAGAGUGGUCCUUUUGAUGUGUUUGUUGGGACUAUUGACUAUGCUGCACCCGAAGUCCUCCGCGGCCACCCAUACCGAGGCAAAGAACAAGACGUCUGGGCUCUAGGCAUCUUGCUCUACACCAUCGUCUACAAGGAGAACCCGUUCUACUCGAUUGACGAAAUCAUGGACCACGAUCUCAGGGUACCGUAUGUGAUGAGUGAGGAUUGCAUCGAUCUGAUUCGGAAGAUGUUGGAUCGGGAUGUGGAACGCAGGAUUGGUAUCCAGGGAGUAUUGGAGCAUCCUUGGUGCACGGUCGUUGAUGAGGUGGAGGUUGCUGCUGGGAGCGCGAUCGAAGAGAGUGCGCAGGAGUAG